AUGCGGCGUCGUUGUGAAUCAUCUUCUCAUACUUCUUGUAAAAAUGAAAUUUUCGAUGAUUUUGCCUAUCCAAGGCAUUGCGAUUUAUGUCAGCCAUUGUUUAUGAUCAGCGAUCCAUCGGACUUUGCGCGUCAUUUACGACGUAUUCAUAGUACAAAGGAAGGAGGAUCUUUUGUUUGUAGAUAUGGUCCGAAUGGAGUUUGUCAAACAUUACCACUAGAAGGAGUUUCAGAUCGUGAUUACGCGGCUCAUAUUCGAAAAUGCCAUACAAGUUCUGAUUUUAUUUUGGUUUUCAUUUUGAAAUAUGCAUAG